AUGAGACGGCCCACUGCCAUAAUACUUCUCUUGACCUGCACCGUAGUGACGGCCCAGCUCAGAUCCCUCCCCGUCGAACGCUCCGGCCUCAACGGAUACGCACCCCGCUUCUUCCGCCAGAAACCCAUCGUAGAAUCCGUAGACCCCGCCCCCGGUCCAGCCAUGCCACCACCGCCGCCCUCAGACCCCCCCUCCUCCUCCGGCCCGGGCCAAGACGGAGGAGGAGGAGGAGGCGUGAGGCUCUCCGACGUAAUGGGCCGUGACCGGAGCAUCAACGUCUUCGCCGGCUUCACGCGCGACAUCGAAUCCGCCUCGCGCCGCCUCGACGACCAAGGGCGCAACACCACCGUGCUGGCGCCCCUCAACUCGGCCGUCGAGAAGCUGCCGCGGAAACCGUGGGAGGAUCCCCGCGACUACCAGCAGCUCGGCGCCGACGCAUACGAGGGCGACGACGGCAGGGAUAAGGCGCAGAGGAACAUUCAGCGGUUUGUUGAGGCGCACAUGGUUGGCGUGAGCCCGUGGCCCGAGAAUACAAAGGCCAAGACGAUUGGUGAUGAUAGGGAUGUGUGGUGGGAGACCAAGGACGGUGUUAAGUUCAUCCAGCCUGGUAAUAUUGAGGUAAAACGGCCAAAUCGGACUAGGACGAUCGAUCUCAGGAUGAUGAGCGGGAAACCCGCUGACGAGGUGGACGCCUACGAGCGCGAGGCCGAAAAUCGUCGCCGCCUCCAAAAAGCCGAAGAAAUGGAACGACGCGAACAAGAACAAGCCGAGAGACGCCGCCGAGACGGCUACCCCCCCGGCCCACCCCAUCACAGCAAUGCUGGCUCUAUCCCCAUACACCAGCCCGUCGCAUCUCGCGCGAUGGGCGCAAUCCACAGCCCCGGCGGCCUGCUCGCAAACCACGGCUCAGGCUCGUCCGGACCGCCCAUGCCUCUCGGCGCCCCCUCGGGGCCUGGCGCAAACUUCGGCGGUCCCCUUCAACCCGAUAACAGUAGACCUCCGCCGCACGGGGGUCCGAACAAUCCCAAUACCCAGCACCAGAUGUUCGCGCCGAUCCCGCACACGACCGUCCCCCCCAGUAACUCCCUAGGCGCUGCCAGCGGUGGUCCACCUGUUUUUGGAGGGCCGCUACAGCAGCGCGAGGGCCAACCUCCGAUGCAACAAGGGCCUCCUUUCGGCGGCAGUGGUGGGAAUACUGGAGGCGCUGCCCCCGGUGCUGCUGGCGGUCAAAGUCAAGGGCCGCCAGGUCAGCAAGGCCAAGGCGGCAUUGCCCAAGGCCAACAACCCAUCUUGAAUGAUGCCUUGACGUAUCUUGACCAGGUCAAGGUACAGUUCCACGACCAGCCAGACGUGUACAAUCGGUUCCUCGACAUUAUGAAAGACUUCAAAAGCCAGGCCAUUGACACUCCUGGGGUCAUUAAUCGCGUCUCGGAGCUAUUCGCUGGUCAUCCGAACCUAAUCCAGGGCUUCAAUACCUUCCUGCCACCAGGAUACCGGAUUGAAUGCGGCGCUGGCAACGACCCUAACACCAUCAGGGUCACCACCCCUAUGGGCACGACUGUUCAGUCCAUUGCUGGCCGAGGAACGCAGGUUGAAGGUCAUCCACACCCUAACGGUGCUUCUCAGCCGCUCUUUCCUCAGCGUGGAAACAAUUGGCAACAGCAGCAGCAACAGCCUCAGCAGCAGCAACAGCAACAACAACCGCCGCCCCAGCAGCCGCAACACAGCAUCGAGAGCCCUGAAGCGAACUUUAGUACGCCUGCGUUUAUGAACCAGGGUCACGUCGCGCCUUUCGAGGGUCCUGGUGGAAGUCAGCAGCGUGGUCCUCCGGCGCAAGGCGCUGCCCACGCGAACAACGCGCAGCAGCCUCCUCGCAAUGCGCAGACCCCUACUCCGGUAACGGGACCCGCAAAUCUGAACGGCGCGACCAACCAGCAACAACAACAGGCAAACCUAGAGCGCCGUGGGCCGGUAGAGUUCAACCAUGCCAUCAGCUACGUGAACAAAAUCAAGAACCGCUUUCAGGAUAAGCCUGAGAUUUACAAACAAUUCCUUGAAAUUCUCCAGACUUAUCAGCGCGAACAAAAGCCGAUCCAGGACGUGUACGCCCAAGUCACGACUUUGUUCCACACUGCACCUGACCUACUCGAAGAUUUCAAGCAGUUCUUGCCCGAAUCUGCUGGACAAGGAGGAAAGGGAACACCCGGACGGCCUGGCGAUGAGCUUCCGCCUGGCCCUGGCCCUAACCAAACACCUCAGCCGACUAUGAGCGGCCAGAAGAUGCCUCCCUUGGGAAGCUUUGCUCCCCCAAGUGCCUCCAAGGAGAACAACAAGAAGCGACCUAGAACUGACAAGCAGACGCCCGUUCCUGCGCCGCCCAUCGUGGAGGCUGCUGUCUCAGCCAACCGAGCUGUUACUGGCGCUCUCCCCCCUGCGGCCGUCAACAACAAGCGAACCAAGAUGUCUCACAACAAGGCGCUGGCUUCCGAUGCCCCCGCGGUUGAGCCGACACUGACGCCGAUAUUGCCAGAGCCUUUGGGACCUCCCGCGUCGACCACCUCGAACUCUGAUGAGAUCGCCUUCUUCGAGAAGGUUAAGAAGUACCUCAGCAACAAGACGUCUUUCAACGAGUUUCUCAAAGUCUGCAACUUGUUCAGUCAAUCCAUCAUCGACCGCAACACAGUGUUUCACAAGGGCAGCGUCUUCUUUGCCGCAAAUCCCGAGCUGUUAGGUUUCUGGAAGGCGUUCCUCAAGUACGAGCCGCAUGACGAAAUCGUCGAUAACAGACCCGCGCCUCCGAGCGGCAAAGUGUCAUUGAGCAACUGCCGAGGCUAUGGGCCUAGUUAUCGUCUUCUUCCCAAAAGGGUAUGUCAGCCAGACUUGUUGUCUUAUUUGCACUCGCUAACCAUUAAUCAGGAGCGUCUCAAGCCUUGCAGCGGCCGCGAUGAACUCUGCAAUUCCGUGUUGAACGACGACUGGGCGUCGCACCCAACCUGGGCCUCUGAAGAUUCCGGAUUUGUCGCGCAUCGUAAGAACGGCUUCGAAGAGGGUUUGCAUCGCAUCGAGGAAGAACGCCACGACUACGACUUCAAUAUCGAGGCAAACCUCAAGUGCAUCCAACUCUUGGAGCCUGUCGCCCAGCAAAUCAGCGUCAUGUCGCCUGCGGAGAGAGAGCACUUCCAGAUGCCGCAGGCCUUGGCUGGACACAGUACCUCGGUCUUCAAGCGUGUCUGCAAGAAGAUUUAUGGUGAAAAGGGUCCCGAAGUCGUCAACGACUUGUUCAGCAACCCGCUGAAUGUAGUUCCGAUUGUGUUGACCAGAAUGAAGCAAAAGGAUGAGGAAUGGCGCUUCUCACAGCGUGAAUGGGAGAAGGUGUGGCAUGCUCAAGUUGAGCACAUGCACCUCAAGAGUCUCGACCAUAUGGGCAUCCUCGUCAAGCAGACCGACAAGAGGAACCUCUCAGCUAAACACCUUGUCGACGUCAUCAAGACGAAGGCCGAGGAGCAGAGGCGCCAGCGCAGCUUGAAGGGCAAAGCCCCGCGUCAUCAGUUGGUUUGGGACUUCAACGACAAGAAGGUUGUCGUUGAGCUGCUUCGUCUGAUGAUGCUCUACACUGUCAGCAGUGGUCAGCAUAGCGUGCCAGAGAAGGAGCGUAUUGCCGACUUCUUCGAGACAUUCAUCCCUGCAUUCUUCGAUAUUCCCGAGGAAGAAUUGGAAGGUCGUCUACCGAGGCUGCAAGAUGUAUCGGAAGAGGAUGAGGCUGAAGAGGCCGUCCCUACCGAACUGACUAACGGCCGCAGCCGCCGUGCCGGUAGAAGGGGUGAUUUACUCCGUGGCGUGCUCGAUCCUGGCCGCAACGGCUCUAAGCCGCGUGCGCAAAAGGAGGGAAGCGCGGCGUCUGGCAGCAAAGAGACGACGCCCGAAGUUGGGUCAGCGAACGAGGAAGAAAUGCCCGAUGCUCCCGAGGAUGGUACUGGCCCCGACGUGUCUAACGACCGCUGGAUGCCGAUUGUCCCGCAGCCUAUAGUCACGACUGGGGACGAUGCUCUCCUCACUGCUGAUGGUGAACUGAAGGCUGAUGGCUUCUUCUCGCGGCCUUGGCACAACUUCUUCUGCAACCAAACCAUAUUCGUCUUCUUCAACGUGUUCCAGACGAUUUACACCCGUCUCAGAGAUGUUAAGGAGAGCAAGGAGAGCGUCGUCGAAGAGGUUAACCGCGUCAACCGACCUCGUCCCGCCAAGGAUAUUGGCUUGGCCGACAACACCCUCAACUACUUCGGCCCUCAUGACGACCCUGAGAGCUUCUGGCCGAAGACCCUUGAGCUUGUUGAAGAAUACAUCACCGGCGAUAUCGACGAGGUCCGUUACCAGGAUGUUUUACGCCACUACUACCUUAAGAGCGGUUGGAAGCUGUACACCAUACAGGACCUCCUCAAGACUCUGUGUCGUCUCGCUCUCACCUGCAGCAGCACUGAUGCGAAGGAGAAGACUCCGGACAUCAUUCAGCAGUACCUCCACAGCCGAGAGAAGGAGGAGACAAACUACCAGUCAGAGAUCGCUGCCCGCAAGUACGCAGAGAAGUGCGUCAAGGACGGCGAGAUGUUUGUCAUCUGUUGGUUCCCGCUCAAAUCGGAAGCCUCUGUCCGUUGGCUGCAGCGUGAAGACACCACCUUCUACAUGGAUGAGAUGAAGGCCAAGGAUCGCUGGCAAUACUACAUCUCGUCCUUCAUCCAAGUCGAGCCGACAGAAGGUGUGCCACGGCACAAGCUCCAAAAGACAGUGUUGGCCCGCAAUCUUCCUUCUAGCGACGAGAAGUUUGAGGACAGCCACAUUCCCAAGCCCAUCUCGUUCGAUGAAGACCUUUCCAUCAGUAUCUGUCUGAACUCGAGCAAGAUGGUGUGGAAGGCUGGUACAUCUGAGUACUUUGUCUACGACAACGUUCCCAAGGACAAGGAGGGCCAGGAGCGACACCUCGAGAGGCUCAAGAAUGCGAGUAACAAGCGCGACACGAAGCUUCGCGAGAAGUUUGUCUUCAACAGCCCCUGGAUGAAGGGCAUGAGCCAGUCCGACGUACAAAAGUCCAACGAGGGAUGGUCAAAGUGGCUCAAGGAUGGCAUCGCACCCGCCUCGGACGCAGGGGACGCAAUGGACACCGCAGAGUAG